CAAACAAUCAGACGAUCCCAUUCCUGCAAGUGCUUGAUAACGGGGAGUAGGAAGAGCUUCCUUUCACUGAACGAAAGUAAUCAUGUCCAGACUGAUGGUUUCUAAGGAAGCUGACAUCAGCUUAGGGCGGCUAAGUUAGUGGCACCCAAGCACAGAUGUCCAGACACAGUUGAAGUAAAAAGGAAAUUAUUAUAAAAGUUCAAGAACCCUCUCUAGAGCUAGUUUUCUUGUGAAUGUAUAGAUUUCCUACUAUCCCUGUCCUCCUGAACGCAGCAAAGCAAACCGCAUGAUUUUGUGGCACUUUGAACUUUACAAACAAACAUGCUGACAGCGGCUGAUCGUUUCUGCUGGCGGCAGAGGAGUCCUGCUGUGAUGACUCCGAGCAGACAAAUGGAAAACGGAGCCAAAGUGGCGUUUUGUGGAAGAGAAAGUGCAGCAGGUGAAGCUUUAGAGGCGGAGCUUAACAAGACCGGACCAGGCUCGUGCAAGUUUGUCAAAAGUGACAUCUCCAAGGAAGAAGACAUAAAGAGGCUGAUUGCAGUCACAGUGGAGCAGUUUGGUCACAUCGACUGCCUGGUCAACAACGCAGGCUGGCACCCUCCUCAUAAACCCACUGACGACACCACAGCAGAGGAAUUCAGAGACUUGUUGAAUCUGAACCUCGUCAGCUACUUUUUGGCGUCUAAAUAUGUGUUACCUUACCUACGAGAGCGCCAAGGAAACAUCAUCAAUAUUUCCAGUCUUGUGGGAACUAUUGGUCAGAAAGAUGCUGCACCGUAUGUUGCCACAAAGGGGGCGAUCGUUUCCAUGACAAAGGCAAUGGCAGUGGAUGAGAGUCGCUACAAUGUGAGAGUCAACUGCAUUUCACCGGGUAACGUGAUGACACCUCUGUGGGAGCAACUAGCAGCACAGACACCAGACGCAGCUGCCGCCAUUAAAAUGGGGGAAAAUGCUCAGCUCAUGGGUCGAAUGGGGACUGAGGCUGAGUGUGGACUGGCUGCUUUAUAUCUCGCUGCCGAGGCCACUUUCUGCACCGGGAUUGACCUGCUGCUCAGUGGAGGAGCUGAACUGAACUACGGCUUCAAGAGUCAGAUCCAGUCCUAACAAUCCUGAGUGUCCUUGUGGUGGAGAUAUGUGCAAAUGUGCUGGUUACAUGACUAAAACGAAUACUAAAUAAUUUUGGAUAUAAGGAAAGCAAUUAUAUUAAUUGAUUUCAAGUAGUUUGGUGCUUGAAGUUGAAAAUUUAAAGCUUAGAAUUUUGGCAUCCUAACCUUGAAACUGGACCUGAACCACUCCCCUAUGAUUAGCCAAUCAGCACUAGCCUCUCUGACCUAUAAUAACCUGCUUUCGCCUACCCCAAUCAGAGGUUUGUUUGUUUUUUUGGUUUUUUUCUCUUCCCUCAUGCUUCCAAGGACUUCCUGAAUGAGACUGCUGGCCAAUAAAACCGGUCACUACAACUGCAGAGCUAA